UCUUAAUAGAUGUAAUGAUCAGGCUGCAAUUUUACAGUAGGCUACAUGUAGAAUUUCACAUAAAAAUCAAUUUAAUGACAUAUCAAUUUAUCCACAUUAUUUCUUUUGCUCUACAAAAUGUAAAUUCACUACACUUCUAACAUCUGAUAGCACUACAGCUGUACAGUGCGCUUGGAGAGGUUGAGUGAGAGUUGCGCGCCGUGCGCACAUGGAGACGCAGCGCAAGGCGCCUUUGGAAACAAUGUACGAAAUCGCUGGUCUUUGAAUAAAACCCUUGUGGGUUUGCCACCAUCUUUGAAUUUCCGUCAAAAGAACAUGAUGGCCUUUAGAAACCCCCCGGCUCAUAAACGCUUAACAGGUUUCGUGCGUCUGAGGAACCGGAGGGGGAACCGACUUGCCGUAGUUCUGCUGCGGAUAACGCGACGGGAUUUUGACUUCUGUCUGACGGCACUCUUCGUAUUCUGUCUGGGAUCUGCGUUGUAUCAGCUCAACGGAGGAGCUUCACAGAUUCUGAUCAAUGUCGGUUAUUAUCUCGGGAGAUUUGGUGAUGGCAGUGAAUCAUUCACACCCAGAGCUUUACCUUUCCCAAGUCAGGUUGUGUAUAACAGAGUGGGAAAGUGUGGAAGUCGCACAAUCGUUUUGUUGCUGCGUAUCUUGGCGGACAGACAUCAGUUCACCCUCAUUUCCUCCGACAUUCACAACAAGACCAGACUGAGCAAACGUGAGCAGGCAAAUCUGAUUAGAAACAUCAGCACGGUUCCUCUGCCUUUCCUCUACACCCGACAUGUGCAUUUUCUGAACUUUAGCAGGUUCGGAUCAGACGAGCCAGCGCACAUCAACAUCAUCAGAGAUCCGAUGGAUCGCUUCUUAUCCAAUUAUUUCUUCCGUCGGUUCGGCGACUGGAGAGGAGAAGAGAAUCAUGUGGUCCGCACGCCUGGGAUGAAGGAUGACGAGAGAUAUUUAGACAUUAACACGUGCAUCUUGGAAAAUUACCCAGAAUGCUCCAAUCCCAAAUUGUUCUACAUCAUCCCAUAUUUCUGUGGGCAGCAUCCUCGGUGCAGAGAGCCGAGCGUGUGGGCGCUGGAGACGGCGAAGCAGAACGUUCUGGAACAUUAUCUGCUGGUGGGGUUGUUGGAGGAACUUGAGGACGUCCUGCUUCUUCUGGAGAGACUGCUUCCGCACUUCUUCACAGAUGUCCUCAACAUCUACACAAGUCCAGAAUACAGGAAGCUGGGCAACCAGACGGUCACUGUUCAUAAACAGACUCCGAGUCUCGAGGCUCUCCGGGUGCUUUAUCAGCGCAUGGAAUAUGAGUACAAAUUCUUCAACUUCAUCAAACAUCAGUUCCACCUCAGCAAGAAAAAGAUCGGUCUGAACACACACCCACAGACGUCCAGACGUUGUUCUGGUUCGCUUCAGAAGAUGAGCUUACUAGACGAGCUCGAGGAGGAGACAGAAGAUUUAUUACUCACCUGGAUGGAACAACACUGAUGUUCAAUGAUCAGACACACUGUAUAAUAUGAAGUACGUUUAAUGUGUAUAAUAUUACAGUAUAUGAAGUUUUUUUUAUUGUGUUUUUUGUGUUAGUUAGCUGUAUUUUUUGAGUUAUUAUGGCUUAAAUCAAAAAGAACCAACUGCAGUUUGAUUGGUAUUAAUUGGAAUGCACAAUAAGAAAACAUGAUUUUUGUACAUUUUUAUAUGUUCUCUGGACAUGAAACCUGGAAAACUAUUAACUACAUGUUUCAUCAUAAAACUGGACAAAACCUGAAAUAAAAUAAUCAUUUAUAAUAUUCAUCUGUACAAAUAUAUUGGUACUGUUUAUUCGUAUCAGUAUUUUUAUUUGUAACAACCUUGAUUCAGCUUAUUUGAUUUUUUAACAUAGUUCAACGUUACAACUAUAAAAUCCAAUAAGAUGGGUUGUAAAUAUCUGAUAUACAUGAGCAUUCAUGAAGCACACUUUUGUAUGAAUUAGACAAUGUAUGUGUUGGUUGUUUUUAAUCAGUGAAUUCUAACUCAAACAUUCGUUCAACAUUACAGAAAUGUAGUUUGAUAGCAGAACUGAUGAUACUUGACUUUUGCGGUCAAUAAAGACAAAAUUUUAAUAUCUCUAUGUGUCUGUCCACUGUAUAUACAGUACCACUGAAGGUGUGGAAACACCUUUUCUUUAGAUUCUUUCCACCUUUUAAUUCAAUUCAAUUUUACAAUUUAAGAACAAACUAUGGAGUAGCACAAUUGUACAAAACAAAACUGUGGGAAUUAUGUUGUGUUUAAAAGCAUCCGAAAUGCCUCAAAAAUAUGUUACACUUUAACAUCUUCAAAGUUGUCAACCUUUAGAAUUUGCAAAAUCGUUCUCGUGCCAUUUUAUCAUCCAGCUUCUUGAGGUCUCACUCUGGGAAGCUUUUG